CGUACCGAAGGGAGGGAGGAGGGCGGGAAGCCCGGCCUGUUAGGCACGGGGCCCGGAGCGGGGCUCAGCCCGAGCACAGAAGCCCCCGGGGUCCCGCCAGCCCGGAGGAGCGCCAACGCCCAGCGCGGGUCUGGGAAGGCUCGCCACCGCCCACAUCGUGGAGCCCCCGGGCGCCAAGCCCAGGGCUCCCCCCGCCCACUCGGAGGUUUCUAGCCGAGAGACCCUCUUAGGCUGGUGAACGAGGAACGAGCGAGGAGGGUACCCCCCGCCUGGUGUGAGAACCCCCACAUGCAGCCCGCCCGACGGAGGGCGGUGGGCUUGGUGCCUGCACCAGCCAGCCCCCCGCUCUGGGAGCCGCCCUCGCAGAAUCACCCUGGGCGCAGUCCGCCUGAGCCUCGCACAGCCACAGAUGCGGUGGUGACGGCAGCGCUUAGGCGCGUGGAAGGACUGCGUGUGGACAGGGACCCCAGUGCCAGCGCAGGACAAUGCGGGACGCCCAGGAGGCCCUUCGUCAGUAUUGCUGAGUGAAUGACUGGCGCAGGCUCGGAGACGGCUGAAUGGGACUCCGAAUGCCUUACAUCCCUGCAGCCCCUUCCUCUUCCCACGCCCCCAGCAGCAAACGAGGCCCAUCUGCAGACUGCAGCCAUCUCCCUAUGGACCGUGGUGGCCGCUGUGCAGGCUAUAGAGAGAAAAGUGGAGGUCCACAGCCGGCGACUCCUGCACCUCGAGGGACGGACAGGGACAGCAGAGAAGAAGCUAGCCAGCUGUGAAAAGACAGUGGCCGAUCUUGGGAACCAGCUGGAUGGCAAGUGGGCCGUGCUGGGGACCCUGCUGCAGGAGUACGGGCUGCUGCAGAGGCGGCUGGAGAACUUGGAGAACCUGCUGAGGAACCGGAACUUCUGGAUCCUGCGGCUGCCCCCGGGCAUUAAGGGAGAGAUCCCCAAGGUGCCUGUGACAUUUGAUGAUAUCUCCAUCUACUUUUCCACUCCAGAGUGGGAAAAAUUAGAAGAAUGGCAAAAGGAAUUUUACAAGAAUAUCAUGAAGGGCAACUAUGAGUCGCUCAUCUCCAUGGAUUAUGCCAUGAAUCAACCUGAUGUCUUGUCUCAGAUUCAGCCGGAGGGAGAACAUAAUACCGAGGAGCAGGCAGGGCCAGAGGACAGUGAGAUUCCCACAGACCCCAGUGAAGAGCCUGGCAUUUCAACAUCGGAUAUUCUGUCUUGGAUCAAACAAGAGGAAGAGCCCCAGGUUGGGGCUCCACAGGAGUCCAAGGAGAGUGACAUGCACAAGGGUGCCUACGCCGAUGAAGAGCUUGUCAUCAAGGCUGAAGGCCUUGCCAGAGCCUCCCUGUGCCCUGAGGUUCCAGUCACCUUCUCUUCUCCACCAGCAGCAGGAGCAAAGGAAACUUUUUCAGAUGUGGCCUUCAAAAGCCAGUCUGCAUCCAUGACACCUUUUGGACGUCCAGCCACUGACCUGGCAGAAGCCUCUGAGGGGCAAGUGACUUUUACUCAGUUGGGCAGCUACCCGCUGGCACCUCCAGCUGGGGAGCAGGUAUUCUCAUGCCACCACUGUGGCAAGAGCCUCAGCCAAGACACGCUGCUGACCCACCAGUGCAGCCAUGCUGGGGAGCACCCCUUAUCCUGUGCCCAGUGCCCUAAGCACUUUGCUCAGCAGGCCGACCUGAGCAGCAGCUCCCAGGCCCAUGCCAGUGAGACACCCCCCACCUGCCCACACUGUGCCAGAACUUUCACUCACCCGUCGAGACUCACCUACCACCUUCGGGUACAUAACAGCACUGAGCGCCCUUUCCCUUGUCCUGACUGCCCCAAGCGCUUCGCCGACCAGGCCCGACUCACCAGCCACCGGCGAGCUCACGCGAGCGAGAGGCCCUUCCGCUGCCCGCAGUGUGGCCGCAGCUUCAGCCUGAAAAUCAGCCUCCUGCUCCACCAGCGGGGGCAUGCGCAGGAGCGGCCCUUCUCCUGCCCCCAGUGUGGCAUCGACUUCAACGGCCAUUCGGCCCUGAUUCGCCACCAGAUGAUCCACACGGGCGAGCGUCCUUACCCGUGCACCGACUGCAGCAAGAGCUUCAUGCGCAAGGAGCACCUGCUGAACCACCGGCGGCUGCACACGGGCGAGCGGCCCUUCAGCUGUGCGCACUGCGGCAAGAGCUUCAUCCGCAAGCACCACCUCAUGAAGCACCAGCGCAUCCACACGGGCGAGCGGCCCUAUCCCUGCACCUACUGCGGCCGCAGCUUUCGCUACAAACAGACGCUCAAGGACCACCUGCGCUCGGGCCACGGCGGAGGCUGUGGGGGAGACGGCGACCCACCUAGACAGCCGCCUGACCCCCCAGGGCCCCUCCUAACUGGGCUGGAAGCCUCGGGCCUCGGUGUCAGUGCUGAAGGUCUAGAAACCAAUCAGUGGUAUGGGGAAGGGAGUGGGGGGGGAGGCUCGUAAAUCUCCCACCUCGUGCUCACGGGAGGGCACGAGAAGAGCCCGUGAGCCCCUGCGCGCCCACACUGAUCACCAUUUGGCACGUCGGUGAGUUUGGGGUCCUGCACACCUGACUAGGGACGUGCUUGAGUUUUGGGACUUCACAACAUUUUGAGAACACCACAUUUUGAAACCCAGAAAGACCUGGAAAGGAGCCCAGCACCCCCUUCUUUUCAACAAUAUGACCUAAUCAGAAGUUACAGGAGUGUUGCAGAGAUUGGGAAGCGAGAUUUGGCCUCUGGUAAUCCAUCACAGGGUAAUAGAUUGAUAAUGAUUGUGGCUGUAGAUGGAGACGGGUGCCUGGGAAGAGCCUGCAAAACGCCAAGCGCAUUGUGAGGCCCCAGAAUUUGUCUGCCUGAACCUCUCAUUAAUUCCUCGAUGGUCUGGUGUUCACGAGAAGAGUGCUCAGGCCUCCAUCCAUGUCCGUGUUCCUCCCAGCACCAGCUAAAGCCCGCUCCUGUGCUCAUGUACCUGCCUCCCCCGAGAAGAGACUGCCUUCCGAGGGUUGCUAGAUUAAUUCUGCUAAUACAUUCUGUUUCAUAUUGUGUGAGCAAGGAAUCUGACUUCCAAAGCUCCUAAGGAGAACAGUUCUUAACUUUCACUAGGUUGAUUUGAAGCAUUCAGGCCCUUACUGGUAUUCAAACUGCUAGAAACCUUUGUGGACAUCCUGGUUAAAAAAUUGGGAGCAGUGUUCUCAGCCCCAGCUUUAAAAGCUAAAGAUCCCAGAGAAAUGGCAGAACAGCCUAAAAUGCGUGCCUGAACCAUGUUUCUUAGAGUCAUUUAUGUCAAAUUCUUCCUUUUCAUUUCCAUGCCAAUAAGCUGGCUUUCCCAUCCCAGUGUCUGAUAUUCUUGACAAUCGUCAGAAAAGAUCACAGCACUUUCCAGAAACAUUACCAGGUUUCAGAGAGUGGCGGCGGGCUCUCGGCUUUUACUUCCUCGGUGAUGAGAUGGUAGUGCUAUAAUGCAGCUUCUUGAGCCAUCAGAGGGUGUGUGUUCACACUAUCUGGCUCUCCCCCAUUGGCAGUGGACAACCUAAGGGACUUCAUGUGGAUUCCUUGAGAGCUGAGUACCAUGUACAGACAAGAAGAGCUUUUCCUGGCUUGUUUUGCUUUUAGGGCCCUGGCUGUCAUCUGUUCCUUCGUUGGGGUCAUUCAGUCACCUGGGAGCAUCUGAGCCUGGUCCUACUCCUAAGUGGCUUUGCAAUUGGACAUAAAUUCCUUUCCUUUUACAGAUCUCAAAUUUUAUCUGCAAAAUGAGGUUGGUGAAAGAAAAAAGCGAGUCUCUAGAAAUUUUUUUUUUUCAGUCUUGUGACACGUUCCUUCUCCUGCCAAAAUCCUAUCACUCUUCUCUGGCUUCUAUCCAGGCAAAGCCAAAUGAGACCCCAAAAUCAAAGCAGAGACAUCUUGCUAAACCUUGACUGAAGUCAAUUUGAUUUGUUGUUUUGCUCUUGCUUGGAGCUUGAGGUGGAAGACAGAAAGAGAAUGCAGAAGCCCUGAGUCUUGGGCAAAAAAGCUGUUUAUUCCUGCACUCUCUUGUUUCCCCUGCAUCUUCCUAAGAUGCUUGAGGUCUGCGAGUGUUUAGAUAGGACACUUUCUUGAUGCAGUGGUAAGAAAAGGACCUAUAUUUUCCCUUAUCACCUAGCCCAACCUUUACCCGGCCUAGCUAUGCAUAACCAUACUAGUAAAACGUGUUACCCAAGCUAGCUUUGCUCCCAGGAAGGCCCUGACUCAACAUGCAGCUCUUGAGGAUAACCACAUUUAUAAACAUCUGCUCUGUGACAUUCAUAAUACCAAGGACCAUCGGAGACCUAAGAAGUGUGUGUAGACCUAAGCUGCCAUAACUUAACAGUCUGAAGGUGAUGAAAAACCCAAGGGUACAUAUAGAACAGACCAAGACAGAAGAUGGAUAGAACCCUGGGAUCCAGAGCUUCCUAGCUAGGAUCUGGACCCCUACCAUGGGAAAAUCUUGGGGACUGGGAAUCCCACAGCUAGGGUUCCAGCAUUCCUAGUGACCUGCUGGGAACCUGGGUGUGAGAUCCAGCUCUGAUUUGUGCCUUCAUCUCCUAAAGAAAAGGGGAAAGAAUCAAAGCACUACCUUCAGAUGGUGAGCUCCCUUUUCUGAACAGAUGUAAGCAUUUGCCAGGGCCUGCUGGAGAAGGGACUCCUACAGUAGGUGUGACAUUGGACUAGACCACAUUGAAAUGUCCUUUUUACUCUAAGAUUUACUGAGGACACAGAACUUAUUAAUGAAGGAGACCUGGGGAUUAAAGGCUGUGGAUGGAUCCCACAAUCCUUUGCAAGGAAGUGGCCAGCAAGGACAGUUCAGAUACAACGAGGCAAGAGCCUUGCAAACUGAAUGAGGGGGGAUGAGCAGAGCCCUGCCAGAGAGAUGGGAGGUGUUAUCCAGGUCCGCAGCCUUGUACAGACAGGGAAGUUCAGUUGCUGUCCAUUCUGCUCUCUUCCUCCACCAGUCCUCUACCAGGUGGAACUCCAGGCCAGCUCCGAGUUAGGGUUUGUUUGCUUAAGAUUCAAGAGUGGAUAAGAAAAAUGAGUCCUUGGGAAAGAUAAGUCCAACCAAAAGGUUUGUGUGUGGAGAAACUUGGUCUACCAAGAGCUCCUGCGAGAACCAUGUGUUCACCUCUGUAGUUGAGAAGUACCUGGGCAUCGGUCGUCGUGACCAGACAGGAUAGGAAAGGGGAAAACCCAGAAACGUGCUCUUUGUCAGUUGGUCCUCUGGGCUGAGAGGUGUGUUCUAUCAUAAAUGGGCACCAGCCCCUUGGAGUGGAUCCAGGAGUUGACUGUAACCAGAUUCAUUCUUUGCUUACUAGAUUUUUCAUUGUCACCAUUAGAGGAAGAGGAACCUUUGGUUCAACCACAGAUGUGAAAGUAAGUGGAAGUUGAUUGCUGGUCUAGAAAGUGAAAGGAAGUGACUGGUCCUUCUUGCUGGGUAUUUGACAUUGGAAACAUUGUAACUGAGCUCUGGCUAGAGCAGCACUUUACAUAACUUUCUCAUCACUAAUAAUAAAGUCUGCAAAAUUCCUGGUGGGGCAGUCUGUCAGGCUUCUUUUGGAGCAUUUUUUAGAGGUCUGGAUAUCCACGUCUAUCUCAACCAGGACCUGACCCUGUGGCUUACUGGGGAAUAAUAAAUGUUCACUGUCUUGGUCUGAAAAAUCCUUGUUGAUAAAAAGACCAGAAUUCCAUUAUUUGUUCCAAUAAUGAAUUUUGGAAAACCCAAAUUUCUGCUCACAUUUCCUCUUAAGAGUCAGAACACCCCAUCCUUCCACCCCCCAACCCCAUAUGUAGCUUAGACAACCCUGAGGGUUGCUCAACAUUAGUGAGUAAAAGCCAGUCUUUCCCCCAAAGACUCUUACAGAUGAGCUCUGUUAUCAGAGUGUGUUUUCUGUGUGCUUGGAUGCCUUUGACCCUGUUCCCUUCGCUAUAAAGGAAGCAGUCACUUCUCACAGGUGUUAUGCACGGAGGACAUCUUUUGACUUGGGGAAGGGUCAGCUUUUACAAGCAAAACACCCACAAGUCAGGCCAACCUGGUGGGUGGGGAUGGGAGUGCACAGGGCCUUAACAUAGGGUCACAGGUUAGUACAGCGUAAUGGCUUAGAGCAUGGACUCUGGGUCAGACAUAGAUUCAAGUCCUGGCAUCAUUAGGAAUAACAACCAAUACAUUAUCUAACCGUCAUGAGCCUAGUUUCUUUAUCUGUAAAAUAGGGAGACUGUACCUAUUAAGUCUCAGAGGUGUUAGGGCUUAGGGGGAAAGUUGUGUAAAGUGCUUAGCACAGAGCCCCCAGGUGUCAAUAUGGCAGCCAUCAGGGAAGCUACAGGACCAACCAGGGGGACGGUCAUAAAGCCAGGCUGAACUUGAAGCGGCAAGUGGCAAGAACUGAGGCUGCUGUGCAGAAGUGCACGGUCUCUUGGGGUCCCAACCUUUGCCUACCACUGCUGCUUCCAGUCGGCCUGUUCUUCCGCUCUGUCUUUUCUGUACUGGCUCCCACAUAUUUCUGUGUCCAUGACACCCCAUGGGGUUUCUGAUUCUCUUGGUGUUUUCUAGGUUCAGAUUCUAAGGUGUAGGGUCUUGCCCAGCUCCUCUUUCUACACCUGGCCAAGUUUCCAGCCCACCCUUGGGUUACAGGCUCAUCUUGGUUCAGCCAGCUAGUCAGGAGGAAAGAGCCUAUGGUCCCAGCAAUGUGUGAGCCUGGUAGAUUCACUUGCGAGCAGGCAAGUGGCAUGGUUUAACAUUUCUAGUAGUACCAGGAUAAGAGGAAAUCUCUGUUUCACCUGUAUCAGGGUUCCUUGAAAGAUUUCUACUUCAGUAGCACUGUGAUAGCCCAGAGCUUAUUGUCCCUUGCACAAAAAUUAUCUUGCAAAAGGAGUCGAUAGUCACUUUCUAGGACAUUGUUCCUCCCCUCCUGGCCCUGCUCCAGUUCCUUUUUAAAUGUAUAACUCUGGCCAUAUUCAUACACACACAAUGACUUUUGUCAACUUGGGCAAAUUGCUUCUUCAAAACAAAAAAGUGUUUCACUCCUAAGUCAACCACCCCCUAAAGAAAGCAGAUAGAUGCAGGCCAAUCAGAGAAGCUGCACAGGCAGUGUGCCACAGCUCUCAGAAACAGCCAGCUGGUAUUUAAGACAUUUGAUAAAGCCUCACUGGGCUAUGUGGCUUUGUGUUCAUUUAUUAGCAAAGCUGGUAUUUACUGUAAAAUCUUAAAGCCAGUCUUAAAAAUUAAGCUUCCAAGAGCAGAGGCCUUGUCUUAUUUUGUUUCCCUCAUGGUGCCACAUGCUGCCAGGGAUAUGGACACUCCGUGAAUAGUUGUACAGAGGGAAGACCACCUGAGUAGGGGGUUAAAAACAAUUCUGGUCUGAGCUUGACAUUCACUACCUACUUGUAAGGGAGCAAGCCACUUAAUUUGUGUACAUUUCAUUUUCCUAAAUCUAAUGUGCAGUUUGGACACCACAGUUAAUGUAAGGUCCCUUUCAACUCUAAAAUCGUGAAAUUUAAGAUUUUACAUCCAGGUUCCUGUUUUCCUUGCCUGAUUUCCCCCCAGAUGCUGCCCUAUUGAGUAAUUUGACACAGCAAAAUAAAACGUUGGGAAGGUAUGCAUUAUUGCAGAAUAGAGACUCUCAUUCUAACCAUAUUAUAAUUACUCCAAAGCCACACAAACUUGACAAAAUUCUAGCAAAACUAUAAAAUUUGGUUUUAAAUACCCAGUAUGCAUUUUGCAUUUUUUAAUCAUAGGAAAAUAAAAAGAAAACACAACAAAAUAACUGGUUGUUCUAGGGUCCUGGGAUCAUUCAAUGGUUAUUUUUCCCUGUACAUUUUGUAUAUAGUAUUUUUAAUGCUUUCAUAAGAAUUAAGAUUAUUGUAAUGAGAAAGAUACCGUAUCAGGAGGCCAGAGUUUUAAUCUUACUUUGGUUUUCUCAUUUGUAGUGUGAGGGUUAUAAUCCACUUUACCAAGUUUACACUUGUGAAGCUCACAUGCAGAAAGGUCUUAAAAAGUGUCUUGAAACAUAUGCAGGUGUAAGAAGACAGUGUUGAUAUGCUACAUACAGGAGAAUUACUUGUUGACCAGUUAAAAACUUUCCUGGAUUUUGUUGGUGCUUCUCUUCAUUCAGGACUGGGCAGUGGUCAUUCCUUCACCUCCAGGGUGCUUGCCUGUGCUGGGGAGAGGGUAGCCCGAGACUGCAGUUUGGAGAGCAGUAGGAGAACAGAAGUGUGUGUGGGCAGAGACCGAAGACAAGGUUUGAUGCAGAAAACAUGAGGUUACCCCAUAUGUGUUCACUUCCACCAGCAACUUAUGCAAGAUAACCAGUUUUAUGUAUAUGAGGAGUUACAAGAAUUAGGAAAGCAGGCACAUUACUGGAGUGUGUGGGUUAAACAGAAUUCAAAAUUAAGGAAGUACAUAAUGCUAUGUAUAUCAAAUCAGUUCUUGGCUUUGAGUUGAUGGUUUUUAAAAAUUGUAUAAGAAAAACAACAUCUACAAGCUAAGCUCAGAGUAAACAGCAGGAUAAAAACAGUGAGCAAGAAUAAUUAUAUCAAUAUAUGUCUCUUAUUUACCAAUACAUAAUAAUUCAGGAUGUUCGUUUCCCCGGGGUGGUCUUGUGGGGCUAAGGUAAGGAUGUGAGAAAUAGCAGGGGGACUCUGUUACCCUGGUUGGUUCUUGGCUAAUCAUUAGAAUAACCUGGGGAACUUAAAAAAUAUUCCAGGGCCCACCCUGGCAUGAUUUCAUUUACCUGGGUUGCAGUCUAGGUGUUUUGUUUUUUAACGUUACUCCCAAGUGAUUCUAAUGUGCCUACAAGUUCAGAAAAUUAUAUUUAGAAGGAGAAAGUGAAUUACUGGACUGGAAAUGACCCGUCAGCCUGCAUUCCUGGAGCAGGGAGCUGUUAAUUAGAGAUUAAUAAAGGGUAUCUGAAUCCACAAUGGGAAGGCAUAAUUGGAUUCUUGAGGAAGGGCUCGGAAGGAAGUGAGACCAUGGAAAUGGUUGCUGAAAAGUCGGCUGAGCUCCGUGGUUAGGGCAGGAGCUCCAGGGGUAGCGGCGGAAGCAGCGUUCAUCCCAGCGGGGCCACUGCGCACUCUGCCCCGAGGCCUGGCAUUCAGAACCCUGGCAGGCACCGGAUGAGCACGGGGGGAUGGUACCAGCACCUGCACUGCGGACCUCUAGCCUCUAGCGUGGUGAGAUCAGCACCUCCCCGUAGGAGCAGUUUGCUGAAGAACAAAAGGGACCUUGGUGACGUCAUUGCCAGCUCAGAUUUGACAAUAAUACAUGGUUUAAACUUACUUGCUGCAUUUAGAAAACCCAGCAUUACUCUGCAUGAACACUAGACUUUAUUUUGAAUGAAUUUUGACUAUUUUCAGUAAUCAGAUCUACAGUUACAAGGUGAAGGGUUGCCCACUGAGAAGAUUCAGGGGAACAUAACUGCAAUUAUUACCAACAUAAAACAUGUCUUCUGCAUAAAGGGUUUCUGAGCCCUAGGUGCCUAUUGCACUUCAACUAUCGAGUCGCUUGCUCACUUGGUCACCCAAGCAAUUGCAUAUUCAUUGAGACUGAAGAAAGUACCAUAGAGUCAUUAGGAACUGAAGAGAAGCCAAUGAACUUCACUUAUCUACUGUGCCAAGACUUGUAAGGAAGGUGAUGAAAUGCCUGUUUGGAGUAGGCUGAGAAUAAACUUGAGGUAAAAGUAGUUUUUUCUCCAAACUUUCUGAAAAGCAGAAAUUUUCAGAAAUUAGGGCAAGGGAAAAUGUGUGUAUGUUGGGAGAGGCAUUUAAGUUUGAAUAAAAAUGUUGACAAAAGGAGGAUCCGAAAAUGACAAGCAUGUUGAAAACUCAGCAAGAUCAAAUUGAUGUUAAAACUAUAAUAUUUGUGAUCACAUCAACACUUUCUGCCUCUUCUAAGAAGUCUUGGAGCUUUAUUGCCUUACCCCCAGCAGCCCUGUGCUCCAUAAAGCCCUGUGUCUGAAUUUUAGUCACACUGAGGAUGCCAGUGACUUUGAAAUCUAAGGAGUUACCCUUCCUUAGAGAUUGGCAUAACUAGAGACAGUGUCAUAACGUGAAGAUAGGGACUUGUAGCCGUGGACAUGCCGGUGAGUGGGGGGAGCCUGAGGAUCUGAGGCUGCCCUUAUCCCUAUCUCAUUGGUUACAUAGCAGUCCCUAAGCCUGCAUGUUACAUUAGGCAUGGCAGACACCAAGAUAGAAGUGCAGAUCUGGUUACCCUCUUCACUUAGCUAAGAGUAAAUCCAGAGGCUUUCUUCAAAUAAAAUCUGUAGUUAUUGAAAAGACAUGGGUACACAGGGCACACCAGGAAUUCUGAGGAAAAGGUAGACACAUGUAUUAGGGUUCUCCAGAGAAACAACCAAAAGGAUAUAUAGAGAUAGAGGAGAUUUAUUAAAGGAAAUAGCUCAUGCAAUUAUGGAAGCCAAGAAGUCCCAUGAUCUGCCAUCUGCAAGCUGGAGAGCCAGGAAAGCCAGUGAAGUUCAAAGGCCCGCAAACCAGGAGCACCGAUGAGGAAGGUCAGGAGGAGAUGGGUCCCAGCUCAGGAAAAGAGCAGUUUGCCCUUCCUCUGCCUUUUUGUCCUAUUCAUGCCCUCAACGGGUUGGAUGAUGCCCACCCUCAUUAGUAAGGGAAAUCUUUAAUCAGUCUACUGAUACAAAUGCACUUUUUUUUCUGGAAAUAACUUCACAGACACACCGAGAAAUGUUUUACCUCUGAUCAGGACAUCCUGUGGCCCAGUCAAGUUGAUGCAUAAAAUCAAUCAUCACAACAUGAAAAUGUCCUGGCAUUUAUGGCAUCCCUCCCCUUUGGCUUCUCCUACAUCCUUUAGUUCAUCUCUCAUUUCAAAUGCCCUGCAAGAGCAGUAGCUAUGGAAUUCCUAGGUGAGGAGACAAAAAACAGUCAGUUCCCACCAGAGAAAUUGAGGAGCCAGCCCUUGGUCCUUCCAAGAAAUGUUUAUUAACAAUGAUACUUGACUUUUAUAAUCCCGUUUAUCCCAGUUGCUCAUUCUGCUCUCGGUAAGUUAGCUAAGUGAGUAGGUUUGCUCAUUCCAUGACAGUGAACUGAAUCUUGGCCCUGGGCAGCCACCUUCUGACUGCAAGGGGAGAAAGCGUGGAUAUGACUAUGUGAAAAUCCACCAUCUGUGGAGGAGAAUUGGGAAUUCUGUGGUGUCUUACUGUGUAAAUAGGGAAGUGGUUAUUAUAACUAGCUUAAUGCUUAGGAAAGGAAGUAGUUUUAACUGCUUUACCCUGAAAAAAUAGCUUAAACUCUUGGGCUAACCUAGCUUUUCUUUUCCACCUGUAUGAAAGAGGCAAGAUGGUUGACGAUACAUGGGUCAGAAUGCGUGCUCUGAAAUGUGUCUUGCUGGUGGAAAUGAAUUUACAUGAAGCUGUUAAGACUCAGCUUGCCUGGUUUCCCUAAUAAUAAUGGGCAUGAUAUUUACAAUCAGGAGCAAAUUGUGGCCAGAAAAUAGAGGCAAGGAGGUCAUAGACUUCUGGGAACAUAACCUUCGCUAGCCUGUAAGCUCCUUGAGGAUAGUACUGGGUCCAUGAGAUACUCAUUCUGUAUCCUGAAAGAGUGCCUAACACAGAGGACUUGAUAAUUGUUCUGAAAAUCAUGCUCUAAGCCCAUGUCUCUCUUGGGCCAAUAAUGUCCUUUAUUUUAUUAAGUGCAGUGGAACAAAAGUGUCCUAGGCUUUGGUGGUUCUGCUACAGGUCUGCCUUUACACGGGGCUAUAAUAAAUCUUGAGAUCUCUGUCUUAACAAGAUAAGGAGUAGAUAAGAAGACAAGCAGACACUAGUUUGAGGAUUAUUGCCUUUUAGGGGUAAGUACCUUUGUUGAAUGCUACUAUGUGCUAAGCACUGUUCUCAUCUCAUUUGAUUUUGCAACUGCAGAGUAGGUAUUUUCUCCAUCUAUAUAUGCAGAGACCAAGUGAAGCUCAGAGAAGUUCAAUAAAUUGCUCACAGUCA